AUGAAGGCGACAUUCGGUACUCUUUUCACCCUCCUCGUCGCAGCCUCUGCUGCUCCAUUCCGCGAGUCCUCCAACCAAGUCGCGAGGUUCAGUGGCAGUCAACUUCAAAGCCUGUUGAACGUUUUGGCUAUUCACAACGUGCAUGGCGCCCUCGAUGUUGACCAGAACAUCUCUUGCACUGUCGCCUACACCCUGUCCCUGAGUAUCUGUCACCCUGCUCGACACUUUGGUAUAAUCUUGCUCAUCAAUUUUACAGGCACCACUGGCCCACCAUACACCAUCGAUCUCGCCUCCCUUGACCUUUCCAACUGCACCUAUACCGGCCCCUAA